GCUGACUUAUAAGAGGCGUCGGAGUGUACGGAGUAUACGGAGUCGGAUCACGGCUUUAGCACGGAGCUGAUUGUGAAAGAAUCCGGAAGAACAUACUGAUCUUGUAUACUUCUACUCAUACAAAAAGCGGUAAUGCGUCAUUUCCGUCCGAGCUCCAUCAAUCUAUAUCCGUAGUCCUCCUCUGCACUAUAUACACAAGUACAAGCACAUCGAAUAUACAAUAAAGGUCGGCCUCACAUUCCGGCCCGACAGGCCCUGCCGUCACUUCCGGCGAGUCAUCGUGUCUCUUUCCCUUGCUCUCUCCGGUUCUUUACCCAAACCGGGGCAAAUGAAAAUCGCUGUUGUUGAUCCCUAUGCUGCUUAUAUAACCUGUUCUGUCCCUCUUUUCUCCUCUUUUCUCUGAAAUUUUUUCAGAGCUUCUCCUUCCAUCUCAUUCACACUGUAUAGACGCAUGUUCUUGGCUCUUCCUAUUUUCAUCUGAAACCUGACAAUGGCCACCGCGCUCGCAUCUCCCGACUCUGGCCGGAGCUCCGAUAGCAGCUCGCUGGACGGUGCUGCGACCGAAAAGCAGAAGCUCGCCUUGAACGGCAUCACAGCCACCACCAAGACCAAGACCAAGAAGUCCCGGAAAUCCAAAAAGGAUGCUCAGGGAAACGACCUCUCCGAGCUUAAUGACACCGCAGCCGCUCCCAAGCGCUGGAAAAGCUUCUGGACCGCCUUCCGUUACUUGGCGAAUCUUAACCAGAAAGAGGUAGAUGACUUCAUGGCCUCCUAUGUCAUCUACAACCUGGACUGGUCCGACGAGCAGCAAAUGGUCGAGACCCUGGGGCCCAAUUACCAGGAGAAAGUUGGCGAUUGUCUGAAAUCCUAUUAUGGUGUGCUGAAUCACCUCUGCGCCUUGGGUGACGUCGAGAAGAUGUACAUCCCGCCGUUCAUGAGUCGCAAGGCCUCAGUACUCGAGAACCAGUUGCUUUACGAAGUGUCCAUCUCGCGCGAUCUCCAGCUGAAACCCGGCGACCGCGUGUUGGAUCUAGGCUGUGGUCGUGGCCGCGUCGCAGCACACAUGUCCGCUGUCUCUGGCGCACACAUCACGGGCCUCAACAUCGACCCGAACCAGAUCGCGCAGGCGCGCGACUUCAACACAAAGCAGGGCUUCACGGAAAACAAAUUCGUCGAGCAGGAUUUCAACGCCCUCCCGCUCCCCUUCGCCGACUCCUCCUUCGACGCCUUCUACCAGAUCCAAGCAUUCAGUCUAUGCAAGGACCUGCGCAAGCUAUGCGCUGAGAUCUUCCGCGUUCUCAAACCCGGCGCGCGCUUCUCCAUGCUCGACUGGGUAAGCUUCGACGCCUACGACUCGGAUAACCCCGAGCACGAAGCACUCAUGCGACGCGUGAAACCGCUCAUCGGCGCCGUCGGCACGCCCACCCCCAAGCUCCUCGAGGACGCCCUUAGCGACGCCGGGUUUAGCGUGGUGCGAUCAGAUAAUGCUAGUUUAGACGGGUUGCAGGCGCCGUUGAUCGAGACGGUGGACACAUACUUCCGCACGAUGCGCGGGGUGAUCCUUGCGCUGGUCAAGGUGCGCGUGUUGCCGCCGCACUUUAAAACGCUCAUUAACCGGCUUUGUAUGGACGGCGAGGCGUUUGUGGAGAUGGAUUAUAAGCGGUUGAUCACUACGAGUUAUCGCAUUAUCGCACAGAAGCCGGAGCGGUAGUCUCCUUCCUCUCCCAUCACCACCGCCGCCACCAUCCUACCUCUCUAUUUCCUUCUAGUCGCCUCCGAUAUAACAUAUCACGAUCCGCCGACGACAAUACCAUUACGGCGCUUGCAUGGGUUGAUUUUUAUUUUGUUGUUUUUGUCUCUUGCUUGUUAUUUUCCGGUUUUCCCUGUUAGUGGCGUUGCGACCGCGGACGAGACUAUGAUAGAUACUAAUCCUGAUCCUGUCAAUACGCGUACAGAGUACAGUACAUACUAAUGUUGAUAUU